AAACAAACUUUGAAAACAUCUGCUAAAACACGUUGCUGGGUUCUGUAUCCAUUAUUGUGGCCCCCAGUGUAGAUGGUGGACCCCUGAAACCUGCGGGACAUCAUCAGGGUCUCCGGCAUCAGAAGAGCGCGUGGAUGCUUGAACGAUGUGCUCCGUGGCACUUCUCCUCUGGUCUCUCAUCGUAUCUCUUAACGGCGCAACCUCGGUGGAUCUUCAACCGGAAAUGCCCAAUGUGUGUGAGGAGCAGGAGAUGUCAAUGCUGGGUGUGAAGCAGCCGUGCGUCCAGGCAUUCACACGUAUGGUGAAAGUGUGGCGUCAGGGCUGUUCUCCUCAGCGCUGGUGCAUGGGCUACGAGAGGAGGACGGGGUAUUAUACAGUGUACAGACAGGUGUAUAGUAUGCAGAUGCAGACUGUCUACAAGUGUUGCCCAGGGUGGAUGCAGAGAGGGGAAGAGAGAGGUUGUCUGCACAGAUUGUGUUCUUCUGGUACCUGCUUUAAUGGAGGAAAAUGCUCUGAGACGGGUGACCAGGUGUGUCAGUGUCCAGAGGGUUUCGAGGGUCCACGUUGCCAGUAUGAUAAAAAUGAAUGUGCAUACAAUAAUGGAGGAUGUGAAGGCUCAUGCUGUAACACAAUGGGCAGUUACUACUGCCGCUGUCCUGAUGGCAGUAAACUAGGGCCUGAUGGGAAGUCGUGUCAAGAUAUAGAUGAGUGUGAGGAACUAAAUGGAGGCUGUCAGCAGAUGUGUGUGAACACACUUGGCUCGUACCGUUGCGAGUGCAGCGAGGGAUUUCGCAUACAUGCAGACGCUCGCACAUGCAUAGCGGUGAACUCGUGCUCUGUGAAGAACGGUGGGUGUGAGCACAGGUGUGUUGACUUGGGGAAUGAGCAGUACAGGUGUGAAUGUCAUCGGGACUACCAGCUCAAGAGAGACGCCAAACACUGCGAAUUGAAGGACCCCUGUCAGGAAAGCAACGGAGGAUGUUCUCAAAUCUGCAGCAGUGUGAGCAGACAGGCUCAGUGCAGCUGUACAACAGGACACAGACUGGCAACCGACCGCAAAACAUGUAAUGACAUAGACGAGUGUGUAUCCGGUCAGGCUAAAUGUGCCCACGGCUGUGUUAACAUGGUGGGGUCGUUCAGAUGUGUGUGUAAUCCUGGAUUCGAGCUGGGUGCUGAUGGGAAGCAGUGCUACCGUAUAGAAAUGGAGAUUGUGAACGGCUGUGAGAAAAAUAACGGGGGGUGCUCGCAUCACUGUGAACACACCACCAGCGGCCCCCUGUGCUCCUGUAACCAAGGUUACCAGCUUGCUGAGGACCUCCAAACAUGCAUAGACACCGAUGAGUGUGCCAGCGGGGACGCAUGCUGUAGUCAACACUGUACGAAUUACCCAGCAGGCUAUGAGUGCAGCUGUGAACCUGGAUACACACUCAGUCCCAGCGGCUGCACAUGUGAUGAUGUUGACGAGUGUGUGUCUGAAACGUCGGAAUGUUCCCAGUACUGUGUGAACUCUCUGGGCUCUUUUGAGUGUUUCUGUCAGGUGGGCUUCAGACUGGACUAUGACCAGAGAUCCUGCUUACCUCUCUAUAUUAGUGACCUUGAUGAGGAAGAUGAAGAUGUGGUGGGUGAUGAAGAUUCAGAGCAGGAUGUGCUUCGUUUGCCGGACCUGUUGUUCCGUCGUCCGCCUCAGCUGCUUCAUUACACCACUGCUUUAAGAAGACCUCAUGAUGAUGACACACACGACUUCCACUCAACACACACACGCAGCCUAGAACAGAGGGAGGAACUGAACGCUAUCAUCAAGAUUGUGUGUGAGGAUGGCUGGUUCGGUGAAGACUGCAGUUUGACCUGUGAGGACUGCACAAAUAGAGGCAUGUGCUCGGUGGAGGAAGAUCACUGCAUGUGUCCGGCCGGCUGGACUGGGAUCAUCUGCAAUGAAACGUGUGCUGAGGGGACAUACGGUGUGGGAUGCAACAGUCUGUGUGUGUGUAAGAACGGAGGCCACUGUGACCCGGUGACAGGGAAGUGUGUGUGUCCUCCAGGGGUCCAGGGUCUACAUUGUGAAAACGGUUGUCCUCAGGGAUUUUUUGGGAAGUUCUGCCAGAGGAAGUGUAACUGUCCCAAUAACGGACACUGUCACCGUCUGUAUGGGGGAUGUCUGUGCGCCCCCGGCCUUUAUGGCAAAUUCUGCCAUCUACCCUGUCCGAAGUGGACCUACGGUCCAGGCUGCUCGGAGGAAUGCGAAUGCCAUCAGAAAAACGCGUUCUCCUGCGAUCCUCAAAAAGGCACAUGUACUUGUAAACCUGGUUACCGUGGCAACGGAUGCCAGACAGAAUGUGAGGAGGCUGUUCACGGUGAUGGUUGCCGUGAGCGAUGUAACUGCUCUGUUGGUGAGUCGUGUGACCCUAAAACUGGAGUGUGUCAGAAGAGAUGCCCUUCUGGGUACCACGGAGAGAAAUGCCUGAUGGAGUGUGAAGCCGGUCAGUACGGUAUGAGCUGUGAGGAGACAUGUGACUGUGGAGGAAAGUCGUGCGAUCCCCGGACGGGAGCUUGCCGGUGUCCUGCAGGAAGAACAGGUCCAGCUUGUGAGACAGCAUGCCCUGCAGGCUCAUUUGGUUCAGGCUGUACGUUCCUCUGUUCAUGUCACUCUGGAUCUACCUGUGAUCCAGUAACAGGAGAGUGUAAAUGUGCACUUGGUUUCUCUGGUCGUAACUGCUCUGCAGAGUGUCCUGAAGGCUGGUAUGGAGCAGAGUGUAUUAGCGUAUGCGAGUGUGAAAAUGGAGCCACUUGUGACCAUGUCAGAGGGGCUUGUACCUGUUCCCCUGGCUGGAUGGGAACUCGCUGUGAAAAGAGAUGUCCUGUUGGGUUUUACGGGCAGGACUGCGCGCAGAUGUGCCAGUGCGGGAACAAUGCCCAGUGCCACCACAUCACAGGCGCCUGCCGCUGCACCCCCGGCUGGGCACCGCCGCAAUGCAUCCUGGCAUGCCCAGCGGGAACAUUUGGUCAGAACUGUAGUCAGUCAUGUGUCUGCCACAAUGGAGGGUCAUGUGACCCAGUCAGCGGCCAGUGCAGAUGCACAUCGGGGUGGACUGGAACCAACUGCCAACAUGCCUGUGCACCUGGCUUGUACGGUAGAAACUGUGAGCAAAGAUGCAUCUGUCCGGUGGGCGUGGCCUGCGAUCACGUGACUGGCAGAUGUGGCUGUCCAGCAGGGUACACGGGGAACAGCUGUGAGACGAUGUGUCCUCGAGGCAGAUUUGGCGUGAACUGUUCUCAAGAGUGCGCUUGUUCUGGUGACCAGCAGAGCUGUCACUACGUCACUGGGAGAUGCACCUGUCUACCUGGUUACUAUGGGAACCGCUGUCUCCUCAGAUGUCGAGAGGGCACCUAUGGACCCUACUGUAAAAAAAGAUGCAGAUGUGCCAAUGGAGGCCGAUGUGACUUUAGGACUGGAUCUUGUGUCUGCCAACCGGGAUACCUGGGACCCACCUGUAGCACCAGUUGUCCUGCAGAACGGUACGGGAAAGACUGCGCUCAGGUGUGUUCAUGUGAUGAAGCAGGACAGUGCCAUCCAGUGACUGGGAGGUGUAACUGCGCCCCUGGUAGAACAGGAAAAUAUUGCGAACAAGUGUGUCCAGAGGGGCGAUCCGGACCACAGUGUUUGAGUUUUUGCACAUGUGUGAAUGGAGGCAUGUGUGAUCCUGUGGAUGGCACGUGCAGAUGUGGGCUGGGCUGGACUGGCCAACACUGUGAACAAGCUUGUUUCCCAGGUAACUAUGGUGUGAACUGUGAGCUGAAGUGUGUGUGUCAGAAUAAUGGUUCAUGCGACCGCAUUACCGGAUGCUGUUCCUGUACAUCUGGAUACUACGGUCCCACCUGCCAACACCAAUGCCCUGCUGGCUUUCAUGGUGAUCUCUGCGCAAAGUCAUGUGACUGCAAGCAUGGCCACCGGUGUGAUCAUGUGACUGGACAGUGCGAAUGUUCUCCAGGUUACCACGGCGAUCAGUGUAAAAAUCGUUGUGACGCCGGACGUUACGGGCAUGGCUGUGCAGAACUCUGUGAGUGCGAUGGGGAACCCUGCGAUCCAACGACAGGACAGUGUCUCUGUUCUCCUGGAAAGACUGGGGAGCACUGUGAGAAAGAGUGUGACAUCAGGUUUUACGGUCCAGGUUGUUCCUUGCAAUGUCAGUGUGCACAUGGAGGAGAGUGUGACCAGCGCACAGGUCACUGUGCCUGUCCUCUUACCUGGAUGGGACCCACCUGUGAGGAAGGUGCUCUUGUAGACCACAUACCUCUAUAUGUGCAGAAGCGGCGACGACGUGUUUCACACUCCUAGUGUGCCAAGCACACACUCUUCCCUACCGCCCCGCCAGAAGACCAGUGGCUGUAGCAAAUGAGUUUGCAAGUGUGUAUGUGACUUGUUAUUAUGGGUUUUCCCCCAGACGGGAAAAGCCACAGAAGAAUUAGUAUGAGGAAGCGUUGCAAGCAUCGCUCCUUCUGGAUACACACACAACCACUGACGUGUAUUCGUUUGAACAUACAUCGGCAGGUUUUAAUGUGCACACAUAUAACAGAGGACUAGUUUGACAUAACUUAUAAAUAUAAGAUGUUUGUGACACACGAUCUGUGUGUGUGUGUGUGUAAAUGUUUGUGAGUGCACCGUACAAAACAAACAUCCCACAUCAGACAGUCAAACCAAACCAUCUGAUCGGCCCAACGCCCACCGAGCCACAAAUCCCAACCAAACCUCUCUAUUACAGGAUCAGAGUUAAGCCUCAACCGCUUCCAAUUCUAUAGUACAUACCGCAAAUACACCGCUCAAGUGUCACUCAAACAAACCUCCAAUCAGAACGCACCAACACUCGGUGUUCCAUACAUAUCAUGCACAGUCUAAAAUGUACCUUGUAAAUGUACGCCAAAUACAUUCUCUUUACAACACUGCCUCUUAAAUACUCUUUUGUGGUCCUUUUCUGGGGUUUCUGAGUUGGAAUUGGAAACAUUUGUACUAUUUUUGUUAAAAGUUGGGCACACUCCAUACGGUUGAACAUUGUGGGUGUCAUGCAUUUCCUGUGACUGUAUAUCCAACUGACUUUAGCCACAUGUAAAUAUUCUGUGUUGUCACUCAUCAUGGUGCCAUCCGAAGUAAAUUGUUAAAACUGAGCUGUCCGACGGGAUUUAGGCCCAACCUGAUGCUUGUAAACUGAAUGGGCAGUUUCUCCAAAGAUCGACACGCCAGAUCUUACAUGCCAAACAAUCCUAAUCCAUACAAAUGGCGGUGCUCAGUUUGAUCCUUUACUGUAUAAAAUGCUGUAGUUUUUUUUCCCUCUGCCUUUGUUCCUCAUGAUUUGAUCAAACU